AAUGAUGAAUUACUCACCAUUAAGAUAAAAGGGAUCAUACAAUGUUGGAUAAUCUAGGAUGUCCUAAGAUGUGAAGUCUAACCCAAAACAAGCUAAUGCGUUCCACAAUUACUAGCAAUUAAACUCUUCUUAACAUUAAGUACAGUAGUCUUAAAUACUAGCAAAAUUAGUCCUAAAACUUAAAAGUACAAACCACAACUAAAUAACAAAAUAUGGUUACUUAAUAGUAGUCUUUCUAAUCGAUAAGAUCAGUGAGAGUCAAUUAAGUAUCGACAAGAUCAAUACAUUAAUAAGUACUUAAAAUAUUAUAUUUUAGGCUGAAGCACAAAUAUCUGUAAGUAAUAUAAUUGUGCCUCCUUAAUAAUAGACACUACAAUAAUCAUAAUAAAUUAGAGUAGAGGGACCAAGAUCAUUAAGAAAUUAUAUCACUUCAUCUCCCCAAGGUCCCUUAUCUCACAAAUCUAAUAAGAGCUUUUCACUUUCAAGACCUGCAUUUGUUGAGUACUAUCCUCCAGUGUAUAUGCCUCAUGUUGAACCAAUUUAUUAAUAAACAAUAAUCGAUAAUCCAAUUAAAGUGGUUGACUUAAUAAAGUUUGAAGAAAUGUGGAGUAAAAGAAUGAGAGGAAUAGAGUAAAUGCUUGAAACAAAAAAUUAAGCAAUUAUUUAAUCAGAAAACUAUGAAUUAAGAGCAUCAAACAAUAAUGAUAGUUAGACAAUUAUUGAUUUAUAAACUGAACUUUUUAGAGUGAAAACUCAAUUGGAAGAUAGAGAUACAUAAAUAACUUUAUUGAAGCAACAAUUAUAAAAUGCUAGGGAAUAAAUUGAAUUUGAAAGCAGUAUAAAAUUUCAAUAUAUUUUAGAACAAAGUAGAAGUGCAUCUAAUAUGGUGACAUCAGAAUUAAACAUAAAAAUUACAACUUUACAAUAAACAAUUGUUAAUUUAUAAUUUGAUUUGAAAUCAGUUUAAGAAAUGGUAGAGAAAUAUAAAUUGGAAAAUUUUUAAUUAAAAUCUGAACUUCAAUAGAAUAUGACUAUUUUAAAUGGAAAGGAUGAAAUCAUAAUGAAAUUAAAAUAAUAAUUAAAAUCAAGUUCUGAAUAAUAUAAUUUAGAUGCAUGUAACUAUUUAUUAUAAAAUAAGAAUCUGGAAAGAAUGCUUCUUAAUAGAUAAUAUCUGAGUUAUAAUUUAAAUUGAAUUCUCUUUAGUAAACAAUAAAUAGCUAAUAAUUAAAUAUGAAUUCAAAGGAUGAUUUAAUUGAAAAGUUAAGAAUGGAAAUAAAUUAACUUAAAAUUGAGAAAUAGCAUAUCUAAGAUUUAUGUAAUGAUAAAGAUGACACAAUAUCAAAAUUAUAAAUGGAAUUAAAUGAACUCUAUUAACAAGUAGAUUAAUUGAGUGAAGAGAUCACAACAACUUAAUCAGUUAAAACAUUUGAGGAAGAAGCUAAAAUAUGGAAAUAAAAGUUUAAGGAAUUAAAUGAUACAUAUCAUGCAUGUUAAGAAAAAUUAAUGGUUAAAGAAGCAGAAUAUGAAUCAUUAUAGAAAUAAUAUAGUCAAUAGAAAAUAGUAACUUAAACUACAGUUAUUAAAUAGAAUAGUUCACGAUCUGUCUUAAAUGUAAUUAUUUUCUUAUAUCAAAGAAUUCUGAAUAUACAUCAAAUAGUAUGACAUAAAAUGAUUUCGAUAAAAUGUAAAAUAGUCAAAAACCACUUAUGAUGUGAUA